UUGACGCGGAAGGGCAAAAAAUAAUCUUAAAACACACUUAAUUGUUUUACGAAUGGUCUGAGAGGCAGUCUGUAAAUAACGAGCGUUUUCAAGUGCAACUUUACUAACGAUGGUUUAGGGAAACAGCUCGGAAAUGUAACGAUGUCGAUGUUCCUACGAAGGUUCUAACGAUGAAUUUGGCUCAAAGAUGCUUUGGGAAACCGGGCCCAGUCUGUUAGAAAUGUUGAUUAGUAAAACGAGCCCUAUCAAAGGAACCGCAAGUCCAACGACUCCUCCUUCGUCACGCCACCCUCCCAUCACAUCUGUCCAUCGCAACCGUGACCUCGUCCUACGAUUACCGUUUGUCGCCAAACUCAGUAGCUGAAGAACAAACAGCAAUGAACAUUUCAUCUUCGAACCCAUCCAGUUACAAAUAUGAGGAUUACAGGGAGACAGCUGAUUGGUUGCUGUCCCACACUGAGCAGAGGCCUAAAAUAGCCAUCAUCUGUGGUUCCGGCCUCAGUGGUCUUGCUGACCUGCUGGACAACAAGACUGUGUUUCCCUACAAGGACAUCCCACACUUCCCCAACAGCACAGUACAAGGACAUGUCAGUCAGCUGGUAUUUGGGGAGCUGCAGGGGAAGCAGUGUGUCUGCAUGCAGGGCCGCUUCCACUUCUACGAGGGCUAUGACAUUGCCACGGUGACGUACCCGGUCCGAGUGUUCUUCCUGCUGGGGGUGGAGACCUUGAUCAUUACCAAUGCUGCUGGGGGGCUGAACCCCAAAUUUAAAGUGGGUGACAUCAUGCUGAUCAAGGAUCACAUCAACAUGCCUGGCUUUGCAGGCCAGAACCCACUGUGUGGUCACAACGAUGAAAGGUUUGGAGUCCGUUUUCCCUGCAUGUCGGACGCCUAUGACAAAGACCUUUCUAGUCUGGCCAAAGAGACUGCUGAGGAGCAGGGCUGUUCCUCCUUCAUCCAGCAAGGUGUGUACUGCAUGCUUCCAGGUCCCACCUUUGAGACCAUCGCAGAGUGCAGAGUUCUCCAGAAACUAGGCGCAGAUGCUGUGGGUAUGAGUACAGUCCCUGAGGUGGUGGUGGCCCAUCACUGUGGUCUCCGUGUCUUUGGCCUGUCUCUCAUCACCAACAAGGUGGUCAUAGACUACAAUAGCCAGGAGAAGGCCAACCACGAUGAGGUGCUGGAGACCACAGGAAUGCGUACUCAGGACCUACAGAGGAUGGUCAGUAACCUGCUAGCUAAGAUGUAGAUCAGCCCCAGUCUGUCUGUGUAAUCAGCCCAGGAACAUAGUUACUAUAAGGUGAUGUUAUUUUUAUUUAUUUUAUUUUUUAUUUAACCUUUAUUUAACCAGGUAGGCAAAUUGAGAACACGUUCUCAUUUACAAUUGCGACCUGGCCAAGAUAAAGCAAAGCAGUUCGACACAUACAACAACACAUAGUUACACAUGGAGUAAAAACAAACAUAUAGUCAAUAAUACAGUGAAAAAAAAUAAAAAUAAGUCUAUAUACAAUGUGAGCAAGUGAGGUGAGAUAAGGGAGGUGAAGGCAAACAGAUAUAUGUAUAAAUAAAUAAAAAUAUAAAAAGGCCAUGGAGGCGAAGUGAGUACAACACAGCAAGUAAAAUAAAAACUAAAAAAAAAAAACACUGGAAUGGUUGGUUUGCAUUGGAAGAAAGUGCAAAGUAGAGACAGAAAUAAUGGGGUGCAAAGGAGCAAAAUAAAUUAAUAAAUAAAUACAGUAGGUAAAGAGGUAGUUGUUUGGGCUAAAUUGUAGAUGGGUUAUGUACAGGUGCAGUAAUCUAUGAGCUGCUCUGACAGCUGGUGCUUAAAGCUAGUGAGGGAGAUAGGUGUUUCCAGUUUCAGAGAUUUUUGUAGUUCGUUCCAGUCAUUGGCAGCAGAGAACUGGAAGGAGAGGCGUCCAAAGGAAGAAUUGGUUUUGGGGGUGACUAGAGAGAUAUACCUGCUGGAGCGCGUGCUACAGGUAGGUGCUGCUAUGGUGACCAGCGAGCUGAGAUAAGGGGGGACUUUACCUAGCAGGGUCUUGUAGAUGACCUGGAACCAGUGGGUUUGGCGACGAGUAUGAAGCGAGGGCCAGCCAACGAGAGUGUACAGGUCGCAGUGGUGGGUAGUAUAUGGGGCUUUGGUGACAAAACGGAUGGCACUGUGAUAGACUGCAUCCAAUUUAUUGAGUAGGGUUUUGGAGGCUAUUUUGUAAAUGACAUCACCGAAGUCGAGGAUUGGUAGGAUGGUCAGAUUUACAAGGGUAUGUUUGGCAGCAUGAGUAAAGGAUGCUUUGUUGCGGAAUAGGAAGCCAAUUCUAGAUUUGACUUUGGAUUGGAGAUGUUUGAUGUGGGUCUGGAAGGAGAGUUUACAGUCUAACCAGACACCUAGGUAUUUGUAGUUGUCCACAUAUUCUAAGUCAGAGCCGUCCAAAGUAGUGAUGUUGGACAGGCGGGCAGGAGCAGGCAGCGAUCGGUUGAAGAGCAUGCAUUUGGUUUUACUUGUAUUUAAGAGCAGUUGGAGGCCACGGAAGGAGAGUUGUAUGGCAUUGAAGCUCGCCUGGAGGGUUGUUAACACAGUGUCAAAAGAAGGGCCAGAAGUAUACAGAAUAGUGUCGUCUGCGUAGAGGUGGAUCAGAGAAUCACCAGCAGCAAGAGCGACAUCAUUGAUGUAAACAGAGAAGAGAGUCGGUCCAAGAAUUGAACCCUGUGGCACCCCCAUAGAGACUGCCAGAGGCCGAUUUGACACACUGAACUCUAUCAGAGAAGUAGUUGGUGAACCAGGCGAGGCAAUCAUUAGAGAAACCAAGGCUGUCGAGUCUGCCAAUGAGGAUGUGGUGAUUGACAGAGUCAAAAGCCUUGGCCAGGUCAAUGAAUACGGCUGCACAGUAUUGUUUCCUAUCGAUGGCGGUUACGAUAUCGUUUAUGACCUUGAGCGUGGCUGAGGUGCACCCAUGACCAGCUCUGAAACCAGAUUGCAUAGCGGAGAAGGUGUGGUGUGAUUCGAAAUGGUCGGUAAUCUGUUUGUUGACUUGGCUUUCGAAGACCUUAGAAAGGCAGGGUAGGAUAGAUAUAGGUCUGUAGCAGUUAGGGUCAAGGGUGUCCCCCCCUUUGAAGAGGGGGAUAACCGCAGCUGCUUUCCAAUCUUUGGGGAUCUCAGACGACACGAAAGAGAGGUUGAAGAGGCUAGUAAUAGGGGUGGCAACAAUUUCAGCAGAUAGUUUUAGAAAGAAAGGGUCCAGAUUAUCUAGCCCGGCUGAUUUGUAAGGGUCCAGAUUUUGCAGCUCAUUAAGAACAUCAGCUGACUGUAUUUGGGAGAAAGAGAAAUGGGGAAGGCUUGGGCGAGUAGCAGAGGGGAGGGCAGUGCUGUUGUCCGGGGUAGGGGUAGCCAGGUGGAAAGCAUGGCCAGCUGUAGAAAAAUGCUUAUUGAAAUUCUCAAUUAUAGUGGAUUUGUCGGUGGUGACAGUGUUUCCUAUCUUCAGAGCGGUUGGGAGCUGGGAGGAGGUGUUCUUAUUCUCCAUGGACUUUACGGUGUCCCAGAACUUUUUUGAAUUUGUGUUGCAGGAAGCAAAUUUCUGCUUGAAAAAGCUAGCCUUGGCUGUUCUAACUGCCUGUGUAUAUUGGUUUCUGGCUUCCCUGAAAAGUUGCAUAUCACGGGGGCUGUUCGAUGCUAAUGCAGAACGCCAUAGGAUGUUUUUCUGUUGGUUAAGGGCAGUCAGGUCAGGAGAGAACCAAGGGCUAUAUCUGUUCCUGGUUCUAAAUUUCUUGAAUGGGGCAUGCUUAUUCAAGAUGGUGAGGAAGGCAUUUUAAAAAAAUGACCAGGAGCUUCUGAUAGUUGACAUCAUUUGAGUCAAUUGGAGGUGUACCUGUGGAUGUAUUUCAAGGCUUACCUUCAAACUCAGUGCCUCUUUGCUUGACAUCAUGGGAAAAUCAAAAGAAAUCAGCCAAGACCUCAGAAAAAAGUCUGGUUCAUCCUUGGGAGCAAUUUCCAAAUGCCUGAAGGUACCACGUUCAUCUGUACAAACAGUAGUACGCAAGUAUAAACACCAUGGGACCACACAGCCGUCACACCACUCAGGAAGGAGACGCGUUCUGUCUCUUAGAGAUGAACGUACUUUUGUGCGAAAGGUGCAAAUCAAUCCCAGGACAACAGCAAAGGACCUUGUGAAGAUGCUGGAGGAAACAGGUACAAAAGUAUCUAUAUCCACAGUAAAACGAGUCCUAUAUUGACAUAACCUGAAUGGCCCUCAGCAAGAAAGAAGCCACUGCUCCAAACCGCCAUAAAAAAGCUAGACUACAGUUUGCAACUGCACAUGGGGACAAAGAUCGUACAUUUUGGAGAAAUAUCCUCUGGUCUGAUGAAACAAAAAAAUAACUGUUUGGCCAUAAUGACCAUUGUUAUGUUUGGAGAAAGAAAGGGGAGGCUUGCAAGCCGAAUAACCCCAUUCCAACCAUGAAGCACGGGGGUGGCAGCAUCAUGUUGUGGUGGUGCUUUACUGCAGGAGGGACUGGUGCACUUCACAAAAUAGAUGGCAUCAUGAGGCAGGACAAUUAUGUGGAUAUAUUGAAGCAACAUCUUAAGACAUCAGUCAGGAAGUUAAAGCUUGGUCACAAAUGGGUCUUGUAAUGGACAAUGACCCCAAAUAUACUUCCAAAUGUGUGGCAAAAUGGCUUAAGGACAACAAAGUCAAGGUAUUGGAGUGGCCAUCACAAAGCCCUGACCUCAAUCCUACAGAAAAUUUGUUUGCAGAACUGAAAAAGCGUGUGCGAACAAGGAGGCCUACAAACCGGACUCAGUUACACCUGCUCUGUCAGGAGGAAUGGGCCAAAAUUCACCCAACUUAUUGUGGGAAUCUUGUGGAAGGCUACCCGAAAUGUUUGACCCAAGUUUAACAAUUUAAAGGCAAUGUUACCAAAUACUAAUUGAGUGUAUGUAAACUUCUGCCCCACUGGGAAUGUGAUAAAAUAAAUAAAAGCUGAAAUAAAUCAUUCUCUACUAUUAUUCUGACAUUUCACAUUCUUAAAAUAAAGUGGUGAUCCUAACUGACCUAAAACAGGGAAUGUCAGGAAUUGUGAAAAACUGAAUUUCAAUGUAUUUGGCUAAGGUGUAUGUAAACUUCCGACUUCAACUGUACGUUAUUUGAUUGCACGCUAGCUAGUAUAGCAUUUUAUUAUUUGUUCACAUUACUUAUCACAGAGGCUAAUUCUAGUAUUGCUACCUCAGCAUGAUAUGACACCUUAUUUGCUGUGAUUUGUCCUCAUCGUAUAAUCAUGUGCAGUAUUCAUCUCUAGACUGAAUAACUGUGAAGAGAGAUACUAACCAAACUCACGUCUUCGAAAAGAGGUCGUCCUUAUGCCAAUAAAAGUAAUGUAAUGACCAGUUAACUUAAUAAUAAAGAGAUAAGAGAUGGUACAGACAUGAGAGUAAUAUAUUCCUCUUACUUCCAAAGAAAAUUGAAAAUGCAUAAUAUUGAACAAACUACUGAACAAACUAUAAGAUGUUUAGUAGCAUAAUACAUCUAAACCAUCAACUGUUGCAUAGAAAUGUCAUAUUUGCCUUCAUGAAAUAAACAUGCCCAGACAAUAACAUAUACAUGAAUGUAUUGCACUAUGUACUGUAAUACUGUACUGUAAAUUGACAUUUUAUUAGGUACAAAUUAUUCUCAUGAUCAUUGUGAUUAAGGGACCAAGCACUGAAAGACCAAUCAAUGGCCUGUAUGUCACGUGGACCAACAAUCAUUGUGUUGUGUUACUCUUAGUAAUAAUUAGCAAUGUAUAUAUUCAUUGGUGGACCUAUAAUUCCACCAUUUUAAUAUGAGUUAAGUAUUUUCAUUGGAGAGAUCUCCUUGAUGGAGAGAUCGCCAUACCUAGUCAUGGUUAUAAGUUAUGGUUAUAAGAAUAAAAAGUAUAACAUUUUUAAAAGCCCCUGAGUGUGAAAAACAUUACGAACACCUUUCUAAUAUUGAGUUGCACCCCAUUUUGCUAUAAGAACAGCCCAUGUUGACUCCAAUGCAUCCCACAGUUGUGUCAUGUUUGCUGGAUGUCCUUUGGGUGGUGGACCGUUCUUGAUACACAAGGGAAACUGUUGCGUGUGUUUAAACCCCAGCAGCUUUGCAGUGCUUGACACAAACUAAUGUGCCUGGCACCUACUACCAUACCCUGUUCAAAGGCACUGAAAUCUUUUGUUUUGCCCAUUCACCCUCCGAAUGGCACACAUACACAAUCCAUGUCUCAGUUAACUCAAGGCUUAAAAAUCCUUAUUUAAUCCUCCCCUUCAUCUAAACUGAUUGAAGUGGAUUUAAUAGGUGACAUCAAUAAGGGCUCAUAGCUUUCACUUGGAUUCACCUGGUCAGUCUAGAGCCGUAUUCUUAAUGUUUUUCACACUUAAUGCUUUUGUCCCACUUAUUUUCAUAGUCAUAUAAAGGAGCUUGUUGACUUCAGAUGUUUGUCACAGUUGAGGAGUAGUAAUGCACUGUAUGUAUGAUAUUAACUUCUUUACUGUAAUUUCAGUUCUAAAAACAAAGGCAUAAUAACUCAAAUAAAACCAACAAAUUACACUUUUAAA